UUUUUUUUUUCGUUUAGUUUCCUCGUCGUUCAUCUUCAUUUCCUUAGAAGCUCGUCCAACUUGUUCAUCGCUAGAAUGGCGAAUUCAUCGUCGGGGAUGCACGUGGACGACGAGUGCAAGAUUAGGUUUCAAGAGCUGAAGGCGAAGAGGAUAUACAGAUUCAUAGUGUUCAAGGUCGACGAGAAGCUCCAGCGAGUCACCGUCGAGAAACUCGGCGGUCCCACCGAGUCGUACGACGAUUUCGCCUCCGAGUUGCCCCAGGACGAGUGCCGUUACGCCGUCUUCGACUACGACUUCACCACCCUCGAGAACAUGCCCCGCAGCAAGAUCUUCUUCGUCGCCUGGUCGCCGACAACAUCGAAAGUGAGAAGCAAGAUGCUGUACGCGAGUACAAAGGACAGGUUCAGGAGAGAGCUUGAUGGUGUUCAAUUCGAGCUUCAAGCCACUGAUCCUAGCGAGAUGACUUUCGAUAUAGUCAAGGAACGAGCCUUGUGAUUCACAUUCUUCAUUAUAUAUGUAUGUAUGUAUAUCAUCACAAUUUUUUUUUAACAUUUAUACUAUUUGUUUACCCAUAAAAAGAAAGACGCAUAUAUAUAUUUUUUAAUUUUAAA